CCCCCGCCGCAGCAAUGCAGAGGGAGGAAAAACAGCUUGAGGCAUCAUUAGAUGCACUGCUGAAUCAAGUGGCUGAUCUGAAGAACUCACUGGGGAGUUUCAUUUACAAGCUGGAGAACGAGUAUGACCGGCUGACCUGGCCAUCUGUCCUGGACAGCUUUGCCUUGCUUUCUGGACAGCUGAACACUCUGAACAAGGUCUUGAAGCAUGAAAAGACACCACUGUUCCGCAACCAAGUCAUCAUCCCUCUGGUGUUGUCCCCAGACCGAGAUGAAGAUCUCAUGAGGCAGACUGAAGGACGGGUACCUGUUUUCAGCCACGAGGUGGUCCCUGACCAUCUGAGAACCAAGCCUGACCCUGAGGUUGAAGAGCAAGAGAAGCAGCUCACCACGGAUGCUGCUCGCAUUGGUGCUGAUGCAGCGCAGAAACAGAUCCAGAGCUUGAACAAAAUGUGCUCAAACCUUCUGGAGAAAAUCAGCAAAGAGGAACGAGAAUCAGAGAGUGGAGGUCUCCGGCCGAACAAGCAGACCUUUAACCCGGCAGAUACCAACGCCUUAGUGGCAGCUGUUGCCUUUGGAAAGGGGCUGUCUAACUGGAGGCCUUCAGGCAGCAGUGGUCCUAGCCAGCCAGGCCAGCCGGGAGCUGGAACAGUCCUCGCAGGAGCCUCAGGAUUACAGCAGGUGCAGAUGGCAGGAGCUCCAAAUCAGCAGCAGCCAAUGCUCAGUGGGGUGCAGAUGGCCCAAGCAGGCCAGCCAGGGAAAAUGCCAAGUGGGAUAAAAACCAACAUCAAGUCGGCUUCCAUGCAUCCCUACCAGCGGUGAGUGUGAGUGGCAACCUCCACUCCCAGGUGUUCUUUUCAGAGUUGGGCAGUGAAACUACCUUUUGCCCAAAGCUGACCUGGAUGGGUACAAUGAAAAGAACACAGGCUUUCGGCCGCAGACAGAUCCCAUCUCCACUGCCAACUAGCUAUGUGACCUUGGGCAAGUGACCUACUUUUUCUGAGCCUGUUUUCUGGUUUAUAAAUGAUGAUAAUACCUACCUCAUAGGGUUGUUGUGAGGAUUAAAAUGGGAAAAUGAUGUAAAACACUUAGCACAAUCUAUGAAAUAAUGAGUAUUCAAUAAAUGAGAGUUUCUACAGCCA